AUGAAUUUCUCACUCGAUACUAGUGAUGAGAAAGAAAGGAUGCUUCGUAUAAUUUUGCUUAUUGCUAUUCACCAAAAAGCCGUUGUUGGUGCCGUAAUUAGUUUUGAAACUGGAAGUCGACAGCAUUCCCACAGUUUAUGUUUAAGUUCAACAGAAGUGGUUUUCCGUUCAGUGAAACCUUUCGAAAGUGCUCUUUCAAGGUAUGCAAGAAGAGAAAGUCGUUUCAAAUGCCCUUCUGAGAUUACCUGUUUAAGCGAAUUGUUUUAUUUCAUGAACACUGUUGAUAUGAGUAGAUUUUCCGCCCAAAUCUUAACUUUUUUACCUAGUUUUGUGAUUCUUAUUUCGAUGCUUUCUUUCAAGUACAUUUUUUAA